AGAAGUUAUAAUAGGAAAAAGAAUAGAAGAACAGAGCCUUCAAGUGAACCCAAAAUCCGCCACGCUCGAGCUCGAUCGAUCCCUUUGAAAAACUGAAAUGAAAAUUUUCUGUAUCGUCCACAGAAUUCCAUGGUCUCUUUAAACAAUUCCCACAAAGGAGAAUAACUCUAGGGUUUCUCUGAAUUCAUUUUCUUCUCCAGAAACCCUAAAAAUCUUUACCUGCAAAGAUUCUCUCUUUUCUGUAAUUCUUUCACUGUGGAUUAUUGGCAGUUGGAUUAAUAAAAGGUCAGUUCUUCCCUUCAGCUUAUUUACUGUAAUUACCAUUAGAUUGUGAGAUUAUACUGUUUUGCACGUAUAAUUCGCAUUGUAAUUGAGGUUUGGAGUUGAUUUCAUAGGAUAGGAUGGAAAACGAAGUGCUUGAAUUUGAUAUAGGCUUAGGAGGUGCAAGUGGAGGUGUUGAUGAUGAUGCAGUAGACAUUGAGCACCCUGUUGAUGAUGAAGACAUGCCUGAUACUCCUCCUUCUACCACUGUUUCUUUUACUGGUGCUGGUAGUGGUGAAAUUUUCCUUCCUGAGGGUGACCUUUUGGAUCUUGAACCUUAUGAAGGCAUGGAAUUUGAGUCUGAAGAGGCUGCCAAGGCCUUCUACAAUUCAUAUGCCAGGCGUGUGGGUUUUAGUACCCGCGUCAGCUCAUCCAGACGUUCUAGGCGUGAUGGAGCUAUUAUACAGAGGCAAUUUGUCUGUGCCAAAGAAGGGUUUAGGAAUUUGAAUGAGAAGCGCACUAAAGAUAGAGAGAUUAAGCGCCCCCGCACCAUUACUAGAGUUGGUUGCAAAGCAUCUUUGUCUGUGAAAAUGCAGGAUUCUGGGAAAUGGGUUGUGUCUGGCUUUGUUAGAGAACACAACCAUGAGCUGGUCCCACCUGAUCAGGUGCACUGCCUCCGUUCUCAUAGACAAAUAUCUGGUCCUGCUAAGACCUUGAUUGAUACAUUGCAGGCUGCUGGUAUGGGCCCUCGUAGAAUUAUGUCUGCCUUGAUAAAGGAGUAUGGUGGAAUUAGUAAAGUUGGUUUUACAGAGGUUGAUUGUCGGAAUUACAUGAGAAUUAAUCGCCAGAGGAGUUUAGAAGGAGAUAUCCAGCUGCUUUUGGACUAUUUGAGGCAAAUGCAUAAUGAGAAUCCCAAUUUCUUUUAUGCUGUGCAGGGGGAUGAAGAGCAGUAUUCCGGUAAUGUGUUCUGGGCUGAUCCAAAGGCCAGGACAAACUACACUUAUUUUGGUGACACUGUUACAUUUGACACAACCUACAGGUCCAACAGGUAUCGGUUGCCCUUUGCUCCAUUCACAGGGGUCAAUCAUCAUGGACAGCCUGUUUUGUUUGGUUGUGCUUUCCUAAUAAAUGAAACUGAAGCCUCCUUUGUCUGGCUGUUCAAUACAUGGCUUACAGCAAUGUCUGGCCGCCAUCCAGUGUCAAUCACCACUGAUCAUGAUGCAGUGAUAAGAUCAGCCAUCAUGCAGGUUUUCCCAGACACUCGCCAUCGCUUUUGCAAAUGGCAUAUCUUUAAGAAAUGCCAGGAGAAGCUGUCACAUGUGUUUCUGAAACACCCAAACUUUGAGGCGGACUUUCAUAAAUGUGUUAAUUUGACCGAGUCAAUUGAGGAAUUUGAAUCUUGCUGGUUGUCACUUGUUGAUAGAUAUGAUCUCCGGGAUCAUGAAUGGCUUCAAACAAUAUAUUCUGCUCGCAGGCAGUGGGUCCCAGUAUAUUUGAGGGACACAUUUUUUGCAGAGAUGUCCAUAACCCAGCGAAGCGAUAGCAUGAACUCGUACUUUGAUGGUUAUGUCAAUGCUUCAACCAAUCUGAACCAGUUUUUUAAGCUGUAUGAAAAAUCUCUAGAGAGUCGAAAUGAGAAAGAAGUGAAAGCAGAUUAUGAUACAAUGAAUACUUCACCAGUUUUGAAGACCCCAUCUCCCAUGGAGAAACAAGCAUCUGAGCUUUAUACUAGAAAAUUAUUUAUGAGAUUUCAAGAGGAGCUAGUUGGGACAUUAACUUUCAUGGCAUCUAAAGCCGAAGAUGAUGGAGAAAGCAUUACAUAUCAAGUUGCAAAGUAUGGGGAAGAUCAUAAAGCAUACUAUGUUAAAUUCAAUGUUUUAGAGAUGAAGGCAACUUGUAGUUGCCAGAUGUUUGAGUUCUCAGGUCUUCUUUGCAGACAUGUUUUGGCAGUCUUUAGAGUGACAAAUGUGCUUACUCUCCCAUCACAUUAUAUUUUGAAAAGAUGGACGAGGAAUGCCAAGAGUAGUGUUAUAUUGGAAGAACGUUCUACUGAUGUAUAUGCUAAUUAUCUGGAAUCUCACACAGUUCGAUAUAAUACCCUACGCCAUGAGGCCUUCAAAUUUGUAGAUGAAGGUUCCAAGUCCCUAGACACGUACAAUGUGGCAGUAAGUGCUUUGCAAGAGGCUGCAAAAAGAGUCACACUUGCAACAAAGAAUGAGAGGAGAAGUUCGACGGUGAAUGGUCGUAGUAGAGGGGAGUUGGCAAGUAAUGGAAGCAGGGCAAAUUAUAUCAGUGGGAAUCAUCUAGGGAGCUCCACCCAACUCUUGUCAGAGGAUGAUAUGGACAAGAAGAUCCAAGAACUUACCAAUGAGCUGGAUUAUGCAAAUCGAAAGUGUGAAGUUUAUCGGGCUAACCUACUUUCGGUCUUAAAAGACAUAGAGGAUCAUAAACUACAGUUGUCAAUUAAAGUCCAAAACAUAAAGAUUAGUAUGAAAGACAGUAUCUAAAGUGCAAGGUAGUUUCUUUUGUAAUUCCGCACCGUCUUUCUCCCAAGGUUAAUUUUCAAGUCGAUGUGCUUCACCAUUCUCUAAAUCUAUUGACCUUUUGCAUAGCGUAGAUUUUGUGAAAUAUUUCAAUUAAUGUUCCUCUUGUACAGUAUACUUGUCAUCUUUAAAUGAAUAUUUUGAAAUGGAUAA